UAUUGUUGCUGACGAGACGCUGAUAAAGAUUUGUUACUUAUUAUUCUCAGACGGGGUAGCUACAAACAACGACAUAGAAACCAUCGUGGUGAAAAUAAGGUUUCCCCCCAAGAUCACAGGUCCAUCUGAAAAGAGCCAGGUUGAGAGAAUAGAAGGAAAGGAGAUUAAAAUGGAGGUGGAAGAGGCAACCAAGUCUGAAGAAGAGCAGGUGGAUGCGGCUGGCAGCGAAGAGAAGUCAGAUGAAGCUUUGUCUAAUGGUAGCCACACAACCCCUAAGAGAAGCAGGGGUAGGCCCCCCAAAAACCGACCAGUCUCUGAAUCAGAUCAAGCCUUAUCCAACGGUAGCUCCACAACACCUAAGAGGGAAUGGGGUAGGCCCAAAAGAUCAGUCACCAAGAAGGGAAGAGAUGGGCCAAGUGGAGCCUUGUCUAAUAGUAGCACCACAACACCUAAAAAAGGUCAGCCAAAAGGAUCAACCUCCAGGUUAGGUGCUAGCCGCAUAACACCUAAGAGGGGAAGGGCCAAAGGAUCCGUGUUCACAAAACCCAAGAUGCUGAAGGUUAUAGGCAAGCCGUCGCAAGGCCAACCCAGUAAAGUGGUUGACCCCUCCCCUAAGAAGUGUGGCCGGCCCUUUAAAGUUAAAUCAAAAAGGGGUAGGCCAAAGAAGAUCCUAACACCCGAGGAAGAAGAGGAGAGAAAGAAACUGGAAAGUCAGCCAAGAGUGUUGAAGCCAAUUGGAAGGCCACGCAUCUAUCCCCGCAAUGACCCACCAGUCACUGAGCCUAGAGGAAGAGGCCGCCCAUGCAAGUCUGAGGACAAAAGGGGUGCUCACUUGCGGAAACCUCCCAAACCCCCCAUUUAUGAUGGUCCCCCACUGAAAAGGGGCUGUCCUCCUAGUGCAGCAAACAAAGAUGAGAUCGAGGCAGAGCAAGAUGAGGCCAACAGUGAACCUCUAGUCAAACGAUCCUGCAACUCCAGCGAAAAAAGCGAGGAAGGAUUUCCUCCAGUCGAAGAGGACAGUGAAACGGGAAAGGUCAACUGAGGAAAGUGAAACCAGAAAGGGGAAUGGAGGAAAGUGGAUGAAUAUACAGAAGACACCAAUAAGCCAGUUACCCCCAGUGACUGCAGUAGCUUUCUUGGGGCCAUAAGCAGGAUGUUUGGCGAAAGCCCGACCAGAGCAAGUAUUCCCCACUUCAUAGCUGCCCUGUUUUUUUUCUUUUUGGGGUUUCCAGUACAAUUGCUGAUAUGAGAUCAUCUGAUAAUGCAGUUUUAUAUUGGGGUGAUCUCAGUUAUGAAUAUAGAUUUUUAAUUUUACCUUUAUUUUACUAGGCAAGUCAGUUAAGAACAAAUUCUUAUUUUCAAUGACAGCCUAGGAACAGUGGGUUAACUGCCUGUUCAGGGGCAGAACGACAGAUUUGUACCUUGUCAGCUCGGGGAUUCAAACUUGCAACCUUUCGGUUACUAGUCCAACGCUCUAACCACUAGGCUACUUUCACUUGUCUGAUUGCAUUCUUCACCUUUAUGGGGUUAAAAUGGUUAGCCUUAUUGUUGUCCUGGACCAUGCAACUUCCAAUUCUUUCUCUGCAUUGUUGGGAAGGGCCCACAAGUAAGCAUUUCACUGUUAGUCUACGCCUGUUUAUGAAGCGUGUGACAUGCAUUUGAUUUGAACCCAACAUCUCUCAAAUUUCUACAUUAAAAUGUACAGUUUCACAACUUGAGGGGUUUGGUUCACCAAUUGAAUCCUUGUAGUUUGCUUAUCAAUGUUACUCCUCAGAUCAUUUUAUGAUUUAGACUUAAAUAUUUUUUGUUGACUGUCAGUCCUGUUCACUAGGCCUACUUUGACAUAACCAGUGGAGUAACAUUUAAAACAGGACAGCUUGUGAGAUUUUUUUAGAUUUUAGUCUGUUUUCAAUAAUUUUCUUUUGACAUUUUAAUGUGUUCAUUGUCAUAAAAUCUGGUUGAUUACAAAAAUGUUAUAGUUGUGGAUGACUUGGUUUCACAGACCCUGGACAAAUGUUAUACACGUUUAUGUAGGCUACAUGUAUUGGGCUAUAUCAUGAACUCUUGACCAUUUGAAAUUCGAGUAUAAAUGCAUUCCUUUAUGUAUCCACCUGUCAAUUUAAACUCUGCCACUGACCGACUGCAUUAUACAGUGGCAAGAAAGUAUGUGAACCCUUUGGAAUUACCUGGAUUUCUGCAUAAAUUGGUCAUAAAAUGUGGUCUGAUCUUCAUCCAACAAUAGACUGCUUAAAACACAAUUUCUCAUGAAUUUAUUUACACACACCAUGUAAACAUUCAUAGUGCAGGGUGGGAAAAGUAUGUGACCCCUUGGAUUUAAUAACUGGUUGACUCCUUUGGCAGCAAUAACGUCGACCAAACGGUUUCUGUAGUUUUGGAUCAGACCUGCACAACGGUCAGGAGGAAUUAUGGAUCAUUCCUCUUUAAACUUUCAGUUCAGCAAUUCUUGGGUGUGAACCGCUCUUGAGAUCAUGGCACAGCAUCUCAAUCGGGUUGAGGUCAGGGCGUAUUUUUUUCUGUUUAAACAAUUCUGUUGAUUUACUUGUUUUGGGUCAUUGUCCUUUUGCAUUACCCAACUUCUGUUGGCGGACAGAUAGCCUUACAUUCUCUGUCAAAAUGUCCAACUUGGGAAUACAUUUUUCCAUCAAUGUUUGCAAGCUGUCCAGGCCCUGAGGCAGGAAAGCAGCCCCAAACCAUGAUGCUCCCUCCACCAUACUUUACAGUUGGAAUGAGGUUUGAUGUUGGUGUGUUGUGCCUUUUUCUCCACAUAGUGUUAUGUUCCGUCUGUCCAAACAACUCAACUUUGGUUUAAUCUGUUCACCGAAUAUUUAGCCAGUAGCGCUGUGGAAUAUCCAAGUGCUCUUUUGCUAACUUCAGACAUGUUGCAAUGUUUUUUUUUUGGACAGCAGUGGCUUCUUUCAUGGUAUCCACCCAUGAACACCAUUUUAGUUUAGUGUUUCACGGAUUGUGGACUCGGCAGAGUUGUUGGCAUGUUCCAGGGAUUUCUGUAAGUAUUUAGCUUACACUCUAGUAUUCUUCUUAACCUCAUUGAGUAUUCUGCACUGUGCUCUUGCAGUCAUCUUUGCAGGACUGCCACUCCUAGGGAGAGUAGUAAGUGCUGAACUUUCUCCAUUUAUAGACUAUUUGUCUUACCUUGGACUGAUGAUCAAGGCUCUGAGAUACUUUUGUAACCCAUUCCAGCUUUAUGCAAGUCAAUGAUUCUUAAUCUUUUGAGCUCUAUUGUUCAAGGUUAACAUCAGUCAAUUCUUGUGAAUAGCAAAACUCCAAUUGUGAGGUUAAUUUUUAAUAGGGCAGCUCUAACCAACAUCUCCAAUCUCGUCUCAUUGAUUGGACUCCAGUUUAGCCGACGCCUGACUCCAAUUAGCUUUUGAAGUCUUUAGCCUAGGGGUUCACAUACUUUUUCCAACCUACACUGAAUGUUUAAAUGUAUUUUUCUUGUCUAUAUUGAAUACAAUAUUUUGUGUUAGUUUAAGCACCGUGUUUGUCUUGACUAAAAUGUAUGCAGAAAUCCAGGUAAUUCCAAAGGGUUCACAUACUUUCUUGCCACUGUAUAGCCUAGAGGAUAUCUAUUGAGAUACUGUAUCUUCCCAUAUUGUACAUUAAUCCCACUGUACAUUUCACAUUUGUUUAUUCAUCCUUUUUACUAUGUUUUUGCUUAUAGCUGUAUUAAUUUACUUUAGUUCGCUCCUCAUUCAUGCACCUUGGUUGGAGUGCGUUCCCUUCAUAUUGCAAUAAUACUGUACCAAAAGUGACAUUUGGGUAGUGCAAUCUGCCAUGUUCUGAAUCGGGCUAAUUCUUGUCACUGAGUUUUAAUCAAGUAGGCCUAAUUUUAGUAGAGCAAUGCAUUUGUUUUUAAUUUGGUCUUUUCUCAUACAGCUUUGUAGCUUGUGCCCAUCUUUCAAAUCCUAAAUGACCCAUCUCAGCAGUUCUGGUAGGUCUGUGAUUGUCUAGGUUGAGGGGAAUUUCUGAUUAAUCCAGAACAAGGUCUGUGAAACCACUGAAGGUAACAUGAAUGAGUUGUUUUCAGAGUGUGUAAAUUAAGUUUACUGCAAUAAAAUGUCAAACUUUAUUACAAGUGGUUUUUAAAUGUCAAUAAAGCUUAGUCUUAUUUAGUA